CAUUGAUGUUGCACAAAUUCAGAUUGCUUGUAAACAGUGAUCAGUUAUUAGGUUCUGUUUUUCACGCACAGUAUUGUGAUUGAAAAUGGCGCCAAGGGAUGAUUCCCUGUAUUACGAAAAGAGGGGAAAAAAGUUGGUGUCAACUGUAGGUUUGAACUAUUUCAAUAAAAGGGAACACUUGUUGCUUUCUGGUGACGAAUGGUUGGAGGGAAAAAGGAAUGAUGAUGACCUUGCAGGUCUUUGGAGGAUACACGAUAGAGUUUACGAUUUGGAUAGUUUCAUCAAGAAACAUCCAGGAGGACCAGAAUGGAUUGCAAUGACCAAGGGUACCGAUAUCACAGAAGCAUUCGAAGCCCAUCAUAUAAAAGGAGUAGCAGAACAACUACUUUCUAGAUAUUUCGUCAAAGAAGCUGCAACACCAAGAAAAAGCCCUUUCAAAUUCGAUGACAAGGGUUUCUACAGAACCUUGAAGAGAAGAAUAGCUAACGAACUUCCAUAUAUCCCAAAAUAUGUUGCCCAACAGUCCAAAUUACUCGCUGACAUUAUCGUAUCAACAUAUCUGAUCUUGUUCAUCGUAGCAGCUUACUAUGAGAAUUAUUAUAUUGGCGUUCUCGCUGGAUAUUUUCUGACGCUCACUGUCAACAUAAGCCACAAUUUUAUCCACCAGAGGAACAACUUCAGAAUGUACUAUAUGGAUUUAUCCAUGAUGUCAUCAAGGGAAUUCAGAAUAAGUCAUGCCUUAAGCCACCAUUUAUUCCCCAACACUAUCCAUGAUCUGGAGAUCAGCAUGUAUGAACCAGUCAUCUAUUUGAUGCCGCAGACUAAAUCGCCUGUAGAAAAAUACGUGUCAUGGCUAUAUGCUCUUCUAUUGUUUCCAAUACUUUCGUUCAAGGCCUACAUAUUCCCGUUGAUAUUACAGAGAAAAAUUGACAUUCACACAGUUUUACCCUGGGUACCAGUUUUUACCACCUUACUUAUUACUAGACAAGAUUAUUGGAUUGUUCUUAAGAUGUUUGUGUGGAUAAUCACGUGGAGUAGUUUUAUUUUCCAAUUAAUUGGUAAAACUGCUGCUCACCAUCAUCCAGAUAUUUUCCAUGACGGGGAUACAGCAAGACCUUCCGAGGAAUUGGAUUUUGGUGUUCAUCAAUUGGAUGCUGUGGGUGACAGACCAAAUAUGCGAGGAUCGCUUAUAUUGGUGCUCACAAACUUUGGCGAUCAUGCACUUCACCAUCUUUUUCCAACGUUAGAUCAUAGCGUUCUCGAUUACCUAUAUCCGAUAUUUCUACAGACCUGCCUGGAUUUUGGAGUGGAAUGGAAACUGUUCACAUCAGGCGAACUCCUGAAGGGUGCUGCUCAGCAAUUGAUGAGGGAACCGAAUAAAACAGUGCCUCAACCCUUGAAGAGAAGAGUUUUAGAAGGAGAAUGAUACCUAAGCGGUAUAUUGCAUUUUAUUAUUACCUAUUACCUACUAUGUGUAGAUUUUUAGAAGUAACUUUUGUAUUGAAUAAAAAAUUAUUGAUAUCUGUA